CUGUAAGUUCCAGUUACCACUAGAGGACACCCACUUCCACUCUAUCAGGCUUUUUUUUUAUCCUAUUCAUUCCUUCUUUAAUGUUUAACCAAUGUAUCUAAAUGAGUUUCCCCAAUCGUUCAUGAAUUCUGGAUAAUAUUAACAAAGCAUUUCAGCAUUUCAUAGAGGUUAUGCAAUUUAUAGCCAAUGAAACACUAGAAAAUUGUAUAUGCACUGUAGAAUAUUGACUUUUUAAGAAUGAUUUUACAUGGUAUAUUCAGGCCUUUUUUAUUUUUAAUUCUCUGGUAUUUCAAAGUUUUCCAUUACUGUGGGAAUGCUGUUAACCAUUAAAAAAAAAAAUGUGUUUAUACGUUUAUAAAAUAUGACCAGCUCAAUUGCUGGAAAUAUUGCAAUGCUUCGCCAUUAAAUAUCUUGGAUGCAUGAAAUUCCAAAUCCCUAGCAUUUUAAUUCACUUGCCUUAAUAUUGCUAUAAUGCUGUUAGACAGUCAUAUGACAAUGAAAUGUCUGAAAGGGUAAUUGUUGUGAAUCAUCAGAGUAUUUGCACAGUAAGAACCAUAAAGCCCUUUCAGCUUGUGUAAAGUUCUUUGUCUGUAACAAAAGGUGCCUUUUAUGUGCAAUGUGAUGCAGAAGUGGAGAUUAAGUGAGGAUGAUUUUGUUGAGUGUAAAUAUAAAAUCUGAUUAUCUCUGCUGGGAGGGGGAGGGGAGGGAGGCAGGGAGAUGCUGAGGCAAUAACUUUUCCUCUGAUAUCCUGCAAGGGCAUGGAAGUACGCUUUUCCUCUUGCUGCUUAGCAAGUCUGCAUCGGACAGUUGGGAUUUCAUGGGAUGCACUAUAUAUGCAGCCAGUUCUGAGGCUCCUUCAGCAGAGGGGCCUGAUCUACAGAGACACCCCCAUGGUCACAGCACCAGGACCUGUCGCACCCGUGACCGGCUUAAGACUAUGAGUGAUCAUCAGGAUCAGGCUGAAGAUGUCGGCCUCUUAACACCUCAUGAUCAGUCAGAGCCCUCAAAGGAUGAUGACAUGCAUUUCAGGGUACAUCUAAUAGAUGAUCUGUCAUAUGAAGAUGUCAAGAAAUGCUACCGUGGAUCUACCGUCAGCAAGUACAAUGCACAGUACCACAAGCUUUUCCAGAGCGUUCCUAAAGAAGAGCUCCUGAUGAAAGUUUACUCCUGCGCCCUGCUGCGAGACAUCCUGCUGCAAGGCCGACUCUACAUCUCUCGAAACUGGUUGUGUUUCUACGCCAACCUCUUUGGUAAAGACAUCAAGGUGGCCAUUCCUGUUGCAUCCGUGCGGUUGGUGAAGAAACAUAAGACAGCAGGUCUGGUUCCUAAUGGCUUGGCUAUCACCACAGACAGCAGUCAGAAGUAUGUGUUCGUAUCUCUACUGUCCAGAGAUAGCGUCUAUGAUGUGUUGAGACGCAUCUGCACACAUCUACAGGUCAAUGGGAAGAAGAUCCUAAGCCUCAAGCAGUACAUGGAGGAGCCUAACUCGUUAUCUCUGGAUGAGUUCCCUGUCCCCGAAGUUUUCCCUGUACCAGAUGAGUUUCCUCCGGUGCUGAAGUGGAGGAGGAAGCCGUCAGUUGUGUCAGUAGCUUCUUCUCUUCCUGACUUACUGGGAAACUCCACCGCCGGCCUGAGUGCUGUAGAUACCCCCUUUCAGGCAGACAAGCCUCUGGAGGAUCAAAGUCUGGAAACCAAGAAAAUCCUCCUGACAGAGACGAUACCAGAACUGGGCCAGAUGGAGUACCAGCUACUGAAGUUCUUCAUCCUGCUCAUUAUCCUGCUCAUCCUGUCGUCGUGUUACCUGGCCUUUCGUGUCUGCAGCCUGGAGCAGCAGCUCUCUUUCCUCAGCAACAACCCUGCACUGACUCUCAGAGAGAGGUAACCACUGACAGUCAACACUGCACUUUACAGGGAAGUCGGUCCAGCGCUGGCGCUCUCUCUGUCUCCGUGGCCACCUUGCAACUAUGCAAACAAACUCUCUUAUGUAUUUAUGCAAAGUCUGUCUCGGAUUGUGUUAACAAUGAGUCUGACUUAGGAACAGAAGACUGGAAGUGUUCUCAAAUAGUCAUUCUGUUUUACUGGAUCCAAGAAGAAAGGACCUGACUGGCCUACACAGGAUAUAGACUGCAACCCCUGUUUAUUACAGUGAUGGAAUAUUAUGGAAGGCUCUGUUUCCACCAAUAAAAACUCUUCUUGUGGUCACUUGUCGCCUAAUAAGGGCAAAUGUAUAAACCGCUCUACAUCAAACCAGUUGAAUGACUUUCAAUAGGUUAUGAAUAUCUUGAAUAUGUAUAGCUCAGGAUCUAAUGCAGUACACUUAGAUAAGAUUAUUUUAUUUAUUUAUAUGCAAGCCACUUGCCAUGUUCUAGCUCUUCCAAUAGGAUUUAGAUGACAGCAUCAUGAAAAUAUCUAAUAUGUCUUUGGUGUGAUCAGGUCGUCAUCAGUCUUACUAUGUGUUCACAGCUUGAUCGGCUCAAGUCAGUGACCUGGGCAGAAUGUUUAUGGCAUAUUGAAUGUUUACUCAAGUAAAUUUUGAAGCUCAAGAAUUCAUGGACAAUAAAAUAGUGCAUUUUCAUGUACUUUCCAGAGGU